CCACUUAACUUAAUCAUCAUUCCCUUCACCGCACAGCCAACGCAGUCGCCUCUUUAAUUGCAUGCCUUGAAAAGUCAAAGCACAGAGCGACUGGUAAUAAGAAAAGUUGAAAAAUAGGCACAGCUUGUUCCCCUCCUUUAUGACUAUGCUUUGUUUUUUUAAGGAUAAGCUACAACAAUGGAUCGAGAGCGAAAGAUGAUAAUGACGAAUUGAUCUGUGUUUUGUGUUUCGUGUUUAGUGAGCUCCUCCUCUUAAAUUUGCUGCGACAGUGUGAUGAACUAGAAGUCAGUUGGCGAAGAUGAAGUUUAUGAAGCUUGGAUACAGACCUGAUUCCUUCUUCUUCGCCGCUGAAGCAAUCAGGUCUGUCUCGUCGGAGGUGUCCACUGACCUCGAAAUCCAUGUUCAUGGAAGCUUGUACCGCCUGCACAAGUUUCCUCUUUUGUCGAAAUGCCUCCGCCUCCAGAAGCUUUGCUCUGAGAUCGAGGAUGCCGGUGAGAUCGCCGUCGUUCACCUGCCGGAGUUCCCCUGUGACGCCGACGCUUUUGAGCUCUGCGCCAAGUUUUGCUACGGCAUUGCCAUCACGCUCAGCGCGCUCAACAUCGUCCCCAUCUGGUGCGCCGCCCACUACCUGCGGAUGAGCGACGACGCCGACCGCGGCAACCUCCUCGGCAAGCUCGACGUCUUCUUCAGCUCCUGCAUCCUCCGCCGGUGGAAGGACACGCUGGUCGCGCUGCAGAGCACGCGGCAGCACGCCCCUCCUCUCUGCGAGGAGCUCGGCAUCACCGGCCGCUGCGUCGACGCCGUCGCCACCGCCGUCGUGGCCAAUCCCCUGCUCCCGGGCGCGUCCGGAAGCUGGUGGGACGACGACCUCACCGAACUUUGCGUUGACCACUACUGGCGCGUCAUGGUCGCCGUCAAGUCCGCCGGGAUCGUCCCGGCCAAGCUCGUCGGCGAGGCGCUGAGGGCCUACGCCCUCCGGUGGCUGCCGAUCCAUGACGACGACGGCGGAGAGCUCACUGCGAAGCAGAGGCUGGUGAUGGAAAAGAUACUGAGCUUGCUGCCGCAGGAAAAAGGCUCUGUUUCCUGCAAUUUCCUGCUGAAUCUUCUCAAAGCGGCAAACUUUCUCCAAGCUUCGACUUCAUUGAAACUGGAACUGGCCAGAAGAGUCGGAUCACAACUGGAAGAAGCAACCGCCGGCGAUCUCUUGAUCCCAUCCAACUCCAGCGACACACUAUACGAUGUGGACAUAGUGAUGACCAUGCUAGACGAAUUCUUGCUGCAGUUGCAGAGCCCUGCGAGCGAGAGGAAGGUGGAGUUGGAAGGUCGGCUAUCCUCCUCUCACAGCUCUAAACUGCGAGUAGCCAAGCUCAUCGAUGGCUACCUCCAAGAAAUCGCCAGAGACAACAACUUAUCCGUGGAGAAGCUAAUUGCCGUCGCUCAAGCUGUUCCAGAUUUCGCCAGGGUUGACCAUGACGAUCUCUACAGAGUCAUCGACAUCUACCUCAGGUCACACCCGGAGCUCGACAAGAACGCGAGGAAGCAACUGUGCAGAAUGCUAGACUGCAAGAAGCUCUCGGUCGAGGCCUGCAUGAAAGCAGCACAGAACGAGCUUCUUCCCCUGCGGGUGGUGGUGCAGGUCUUGUUCUCCGAGCAAUCGCGGGCCGCCGCCUUGUCAGGCUGCCAAGUCACCGAGCUGCCCGGCAACCUCAAGACGCUGCUGGCUAAGACCGCGGUUGAAGACGAAGAAGACCGAGGUCGGAGCAUCACGAAGUCGAAAUGUCCGACCGCGGAGAAGCCCGAAACUCUCAAAAUGAAGCUCGCGCAAGAGCACGACGACGAGAUCGACUACGAUCUGAUUCCGCGCGAAGCGCUCCUCCUGAGGAGCGUUUCCUCGCGGUUCAGAGCCCUGUGCUCGCUCCCUAAGAAUCCCAAGAGGAUCAUCAGUAAACUGCUGGCGAUGAACAGAGGAACUAAUUACUAAGGCCACUGUUUAGUCGUCUAUAAUCGAUCGCUUCCAUCUUCUUCCUCAUAAGAUUUCUACUCUCGAUCUUUGAGAAUGAGCUUGUUCAUGCUGACAGAUCUGACAGAAUAGGAUUUGUGUUCGCCGAUCUUUGUGCGAUGGUUUGCUUUCGGUACUGCUCGCCACGAACGGGACCAGUUUAAACGCAGUGUUGCCCACAGCUCCCUAAAGCCAUCCUCUCCGGCAGAAAAACAUUGAAGAGCGAGAGCGAUGACCAAAAGAUUCUACACCUCGAUCUCCACAUCUUCUUUCUUUCAGUGUCAAUCAUGGAGCACUCGUUAUCGCAGCAGACAGUCGGACACGUCUCACGUGCUCUGCUGGCUCUUGAUUGCAUGCGCUUGUGAGACAGAGGACGUGAACUUGCAGCAGGAUGGUGAUGGUCGCCUGGAAGGAGAUUGGAUUACUGCUAGUUGGAUUUUGCAGAUCCUGAAGGAAGGAGGUUAAUGUUUCAUGAGACAGGUUUGUGUCUGCAAUCUGUUAACUAUGAGCUGAGAGUUUUCCAAGAUGACGAGAUGAUAAUUAAGCAGUAGAGCAGUAAGUUUAGAUUUUUCAAAUUAUAUAGAAUAGCUUAAAAUAUUAUGACUGAUUA